UUCGCAUCGGUUAACUUCGUGGAUAAUAUUUUCACGACAUCAAAGUUUGAAGGUUCAAAUCAAAAGACCUACCUUGGUGUUGGCGUACAGGUCGGAGAGGUCACCAUUUAUAAAACCUUUACCAAAUCAAAUUCCACUUGGAAGCAGACACACUUCAAUGCGAACAUUUCCUGGACAGCAAACUCUCGAUUACAG